AUGAUGGAGUUAAACUUGAGCCGCCUGGACUUCUUGCAGGUGUGUGUGUGUUUAUAUCCUCCAUGGUGAUGCAGCAACCGUCACGAUUCACCAUAUUCACUCAAUUCAUCUUCAACGGCUUCUUUUCGUUCUAUGUCAGGUUGGUGUGACCUCUACCAAGACGAUGAAGCUGUUGUCUAGUGGAGGAAAACGUAGUGCGCAGAAGGUGAAAAAUUUUAAAAUAAUUUUCAAAUGUAGAUCUUUAGAACUCCUACUCUAAAUUUAUCCAUUAUGCAACCCAAAUGUAUUUAUAGGUUGCUAUAGCUGAUCAAGAUGGAGUAUUGACAUGUUUUGGGAUGAAAAAGACCACUUCCCAGGUAAUUUAGGACAUAAAAUGUAAUUUUCCUAUCUUGUUCAUUGCCGGCCAGCCUCUAAAUGAAAUGGGUGCUGUUCAUGCCCUGGUUGUUCAAAUUUUGGAUAAAUCUAAAUCUAAAUCUAAAUAUCGUUAUGUCGGCAAAAUAGUUUGGGACAUCACGCCAACUCUAAGAUAAUAAUAAAUAAAACUAUACUAGAAUAUACAAAACUAUUAAAAACUAUUAAAAAAAACUAUUAAAAACUAUUAAAAAACUACUGAUAAAAAGAAAACUAAAUUAGUUUGCUUUUAAAAAUACAGAGGGAUUGGAUAGUGUUAUCCACCCGGGUAAAAAUCUAUCUAAAGGUUAACACAGUAUUGGUUUCCCCAAUACUUAUCCAAUUGAUGGUGAUUUAUCUGGUGGAAAGCGCAAUUGCCCGUUUGAACAACCAAGACCAGGCCCUGGUUGUUCAAAAAUUGAAUAGCGCUAUCAACCAAAUAAAUUGUAAAUAAAUAAAUUGCUAUCCAGAGGAUAAGUAUUAUGAAAACCAUUUGCGCUCUCCUCUGGAUAGUAGUUUAUCCAGUGGGUAGCACUAUCCACCUUUCCAAAACUGGGCACCAGAUGUAUAGGCACUUCCUCAACCUCGGCAUGCAGUAGUUCCCACUUUAGGUACCAGUUUUUAAAGCAAUAACAACAUGUAUAGUGGUAGAGAGGGUAAACAUUUAAUAACUGUUGCCAUUGAGUAACUGAUAGCCUGCAAUAUUGUAGUAAUAUUUCUCCAGCUGUUGAUUGCAAAGGCAAGUAACUACUGGAAAUAUGUCACUUUUCCCUUGGGGGCUAAGCUGUCAACCCCCCUACAUCUUCAAAAUAUUGAGGAUUGAUAGGGAAGGGAUGAUAGAUGAUGUCAUAAUGUACGGUACAUGGCAUCAUUUGUGCAAAAAAUACCUGUUGAUUCCGAUCAUCACAAAUAUUUGUGACUCCAAAGGGCGAACAAAUUCACAAUUUAUUUCCUCCUCUUUUUCUCUUCACCUUUGUCACUUUGGUUUAAUUUGUGCUUCUUUUGUACAUCAUUACUAUGGAGUCCUUCUGCUUUUCCUCUUAUUUUAAGGAUAAUGUUGCCCUUCCACUGAUAUGAAUGAUGUGGUCUAGAAGCGUGCAAAGAAAGUCAUGUCCGAUAGCCCGGGGCUAGUGGAUUUUGCUAUCAGUCUAGUGAUUUUUGUUCUUAACUUGCCCAUCAGGCAAGUGUGGUUUAAAUUCAAAUUACAGAGGGAAAAUUGUAAUCAAUCCUGCUAAUCAAAAAGGGUUUUGGGGCUAGUUGAAAUGAGUUGUAGGCUAGUACAUGCUAGCUACAGCUUGCCCAAAUGGCAGGCUGUAAAACUGACUUUCUUUGCACCCUGUCUAGUCUAUCCAACAAACAAUUUCUGUACACCAUAAAUCUUGUAAAUAACUGCAAUUGGUAGUCCUAAGCCAGCUUGCGGUGAACGAAAGAGAGAUGCAAGUUCUGUUCUGUUACGAUUUGUUUUGUUUGAACUUAAAGUUGCAAUGCUCUUUAUGUGCAAACACCGUACUGCAAUUGGUUCUAGAGAUGAUAUACACAUAAAUGUAAUUUCUCCAGUAUCAGAAUCUUGCUAUUAUGGACGCUGAAUCGCAGUCCCAUCGAAAGUGUCCACAAUAAUGGGAGUUUACUGUAACUAUAACCUUUAGCUCAGUCAUUUUGCCUUUGGGGCUUUUUAUUUGGUAAUCAGCAGAAACAAAUACCCCUACUGCUCAUUUAACAAACUAAACUUUGUAUUUACAGUUUUUUAGUUCCUAGAAUAGGACAGUAUUCACAAACCAUUGUAAAUUAUAUAUGCUCUCACUUUAAAAAUACAGAUUGCAUUCAAGACUCUUCCUGGAGCACCAAUCUCUAAGUUGCAGCUAGGUGGGCUAGAUGGUCCAUCUCAAGAAAAAAUGUUUAUAGCAUCUGGUGCUGAAGUGCGUGGUUAUACUAAAAAAGGAAAGCAGUUCUUGGGCUUUGAUACCAAUCUGACGGAAAGUAUUCAGUCCAUGUAUGUAAAUCCAGUAUUAGAAUUAAGGGGGCUUACCAGUUUUUAGAACUGUCUGGUAGUUGUGGGUUUUUAGUUAAAACUGUUGAAAAAGGAAAUCUAAAGUAAAAUAAUAAUUUUAAAAAAUGCACAAUGUGGCUUGCCAUUUCUUAUUAUUGGUAAGUGCCAUUUAGUACGCUGUGGGAAAUAUUUAAGUGGAUUGUACCAUAAACGGUUAAAAUUUCCAGUUUCAGUAGACCUCUUUAGCUUGCAUGUUCUAUUUUCCCAAUGUAGGUUAUAGGAUUAUCUAAGUAAUUUGUCCUUUGUCCUUUUAUGAAUUAUGUGUAUAUAUUUUAAUUUGUGAAUAAGACAAAAUUUGAGAUUGAACAGUUCUCUGCGUCAACAUCCCAUGAUUUACAUUAAGAAAUCAGAUUAUGUGUAUAACGUUACAGGUCAAAAUUAAAUUCAGGUUAAAAUUUUUUAACCUGUAAGGUUGAUUCUCAAUUUUGUUUGUCUCCUAGCCCUAAUUCAACCUAGGCUGAGAAAUUUUGACCUGAAUAUAAUUUUGAUGUGUAACACAUGUAUUAAGCCAAGUCUAUCCAAGUGUGUUGUUCCAAAUCUAGUGGAACCUCCUCCUGUUCUAUUUCUUGUAUUCACAUCUAAAGUGCCUUGACAUACAUACAUAUUGCACAAAUCAAGUCUGCUUGUUAGACAAACUUAAGGGUGAAUUUAAAGGAUAAGGUAAUAAUCUGUUAUUUCCUUUAUUUCAUUCUUUAAAAUGUUGCACUAAGUUUGAUUCAAAUCUCAUGCCCAAAACGUCUCUGGGAUCUUUAAACUUUCAGGAGAGUAGGUGUUGAAGUGCUAGUCUAUUAUUUAUUUGUUGUUAGGUAUGUCAGUGGAGCUGAUCUUUUCCUUUGUGGAAACUACAUCUACAAUCAUUACCGUGACUGCAAAGACGAAAACUACUAUUUAUCUGGGGAUAAGAUCACUGAUGUUCUUUGUUUACCCACAAAGAAGUAAGAUCAGAAUCAAUUUUAAGAGCAAUCAUUAGCAUAAAAGAUAAGUUACUGCAUCAUUUAUGUUUUAUUACUAUUUUACAGAAGUGUUGUAUGACUAAGUUAAAAACAUGAGGCAUAGCCUCCCAGGUGGGGUACUCGGGAUUUCAAGUGAUGGGGAUGAUCGAAUGGAGCCUAAAGUCAAGACCCGAAAAAAUCCCUAGGGCUUCCAGCAAAACCCAAAAAAAUCCCUAGGCCACAAAUUAACCCCCAAAAAAUCCCAUGCCGAUUUUGUGGCCCUUAAAAGUUCCAGAAAGGGGUAAUGCUAUAACACAAAGAAAAACAUUGGAAAUUGAACAGUCGUGUUUGCUUAUUGAUCAUACCAUCUGAAUAUAUCCUUUCCCUCAUAAGUAAGUAAGUAAGUAAAGCCUUUAUUUAAAGAGGGUAGCACCUAAUAGCCAAAGGCUAAUAAACUUGUGGCCCUCAUAAAAUAAACAACUAUUUACAAUCUAAUAAAUAUUGCAAGCUAAAAUAUAUAAACAUUUAAAAUAAAACAAGAUUUGAUUUUUAUAUAUAUAUUUAAAAAAAAAAAUUAUUAAAUGUAAAAUGAUGCAAACAUUGUUGUUCCUCAAAAAUCUUGGCAAACAUGUUCUUUUUAAAACAUGCUACAGAAUCUAGUUUCCUAAUUUCAAUUGGUGUACUAUUCCACAGUCUUGUUGCCGAAACAGCGAAAGAGCGUCCUCCCUCUGUUUCUCUUCUAUAUUUAGGACAAACAGCAUUAAUGCUUGAAUAUCUAGUGUUGCGGGAGUGCCGCUUAUUAUUCAAAAUUAAGUGUUCAUUUAGAUAAUUUGGCAAAUACCCAUUAAUUCGCUUAUACAUUAUUAUGCAUUUAUCUAUCUUGUGUUGCUCAUAAAACGGAAUCCAACCUAGCUUGUUAAACAAAGCAACUGAUGGUGUCAUGCGAUUGGCAUAAGAAAUAACGCGUGCCGCACGUUUUUGGCAGUCAUUUUAAUAAGCUAGAGCAGGUGCUAGAGACACCCAGGAAUGGUUUUGUUUUAUUCGCAGAACUACGCAGCCAGGGCACUACUGAUUCUUUUUAAUACCCCCAAAAAAUCCCUACUCAAAUCAAGCUACCCAAGCCAAAUUUUAGUACCCAAAAAAAUCCCGGAAUCGAAAAUUUCAAACCCAAAAAAAUCCUUCGAUCAUCCCCAUCACUUGAAAUCCUGAGUACCCCCCCUGGGCAUAGCCUCAGACAUGUUUUGGCCUUAAAUAAUAAAACUCAAAUUGUAAGUAAAUAUUAGAUUUUAUGUAAUUUUUUACUUAUCAUUAUUUAAAUCAGUAAUCUCUCUUCAUGACAAAGAACAUCUUACAUUGUCAGUGUAUAACUAUAUUAAAUUUUUGUUGUUUAUCUCCAUCAGGGGACACCUAUCCUUUAAUUAUAAUUAUAUCCAAACAUAUCUGCUUUAUUUUUUGGAGGUUCCGUUAUGUAUUAUGUGAGGUUACAGACUGUCAUACUUACUGUACAUGUAUUGUACAUUUUAGAAGCGUCGAUGUACUAGUUCCAGUCUUGGCUUGUCAAGACAGGGUCCUGAGAGUUCUACAGGUAAUUAAUAUUUUUACAAUGUUUUUUCCGAUUUAGCAAAAACUAAUACAAGUGUGGAGCUAGAUUAUUACUUUACAAAAAUUAAAAAUAAUUAAUCGUACCAUGAAAAAUUCCUAUGAACAAUAAGCAUCAAAGUAAGAAAAGGUUUGCAUUAAAAAAAAAACCCUAUCACCUACACACACAGGGGACCCAAGGUUGUGUGAAAACACAAUUUCCUGUAGAUUAAUCAGCAUCUCUUUCUUACCUUCGUGAUAUUUAGGAUUCUGAUUUGUUGUAUGAAGUUGAAGUUGCGGGUCCUCCUCAAGUCCUCGCUCUGUACAAUGGAAGUGGAGGUAGGACUAAUUUGAAUUUAAUUUCAGUAGGUCAAUUCAUUGCUUAUUAAUUGAAGAUAACCAAGGAAAUUUGUUUUAAAACUGUAUUUCAGUUAAGAUAAGAACACAUAAGCUAGCCAUAAUUAUAUUGUAUACUGUCGCUGCUUUUGUGAUUUAGUUGGUUCACAUAUCAAUAAGGUACAAUGUUCUGCUGUUAACAGGUUUUUGUAACUUGAGGCUGUCAAAUGAUUUUACAUGACACAUGUAGAUAUUAUACUUACAACAGGGGCACCCAACGUCAAUUUUCGGAAAAUAUCUGUUCGGAAGACGAUUUGAGAUCUAGGAUUUUCGAAACAUUCAAGUUGUAAAAUUUCUUGCUUGCCUGCCUCUCCUAGGAUUUUCGAACAUCUAAAAAGUGGUAUCCCUUGUAGAAUCAGACACUAUGUAGAAUCUAUGCAAAUGCUAUGUCACAAAGCUAUGCAAAACCUAUGUUAAUCACUCAUACAUUGCUUUAACCAGAUCCUAUGUUGUUUCUAUGCCAGGACUAUGUUUUUUGUAUCGAAAAUGCUAUGUUUUCGCUAGUCAAACGGAACCUACUUAAAAGCUAUGCAGUUUUUAAAGGUAGGAAUAAAGGAAGAAAUGACAUAGUUUCCACAUAGCCUAUACAUACAGUUUACUUAGCUUGUGGAAAGAGAUUUUAGACUUCAUAGUCAACCUCAUAGAAAAAACAUAGAAAAUAAAUAGCCUUCACAUAGGACUGAAAUAGAGUUUACAUAGAAAAAUGGAACAGGGAACAGUCGAUUAAAUAGCUUUUGAAUAGGGUUUGCCUAGAAUUUAGAUAGCCUAGAAAUAGAAAAAACAUAUGAAAAACAUAGCCUUUUUAAAGGUGACAUAUACUUUGCAUAGCAUUAAAAUAAGGAAAACACAGAACAAAUAGUCUUUGCAUAGGUUUAAAAUAGGAUUUUAAUAGUAUUUGAAUAGGUAAAACAUAUCACAUACACAAGCUUUAACUAGAGUUCAAACUGAAAUUACAUAGAAUUGACAUAGUCUCUUAUGUAUGUAGGUUUCGAUCUGCUUAAGCAAAUGUAGUGUUUAAAAUACGUUCGUAAAAAUCACCAAAAUAGUAAAAAUAGUGUAAAAAUAUGAAUUAGAAUACCUUUUACAUUGGUAAGAAAUAGGUUUUGAAACGAAAAAUUGAAAAAUUAUGGCAAUAUAAUACCACGAACACUAAUAGUAACACAAAUGCAGUAUUUUCAUGGAGGUUUCAGAAUCGAAACCCCAAGUUUAAGUUUGCUUAUCGUGUAGACUUUUACUGAUAUCGUGCUCUUCAGUGCCAUACAGUUUCCUUUUGACUGCAACGAAUAAGUAUCUGCAAACAGAAAAGUGGAGAUUUUAAGGCAAAUGAACAUAAAAACAACCUGACGUUUUAGAACUGAAACGAAGGAGUAUCAAAGCGUGAUCGACCGAUCCUUGUUCAGAUACGCGAAAAGGGGAGACAACACAGGCAAAUCGAAACUUAAUUGAGAAAAACAUCACUUACCAACGUUAGGAAUACUUUUUGUUGAACCUGGCAGGAAAAAGACUGUAAAUUGAAGUAAAAAGAAGCGUCUUCUUGUAAACAACCACGCUUAUACAGCUCGUCUUCUUUGACUUGAAAGCGCCCGCGUGGAAACAGACAAUUUUCACACCUUUUCAUUGGUUGAAAAGGCCCACGUGACGAUAAAACGCAAAAUACGCAUGUGUUGAACUCACGGGCUUCCCUGGGAACUAGUGGAAACAAAAUGGCUGACAAACAUCCACCUAGGCAGGUAGCGUUUCGCAGUUUUGACCAUGCAGUUAUAUUCAGGAGACGUCCACAAUCAAGACGAAGGAUCGAACCCAAUGUAAAAGAAGAAAAUGAUGCAUGGAAGUAUCAUUUCAAGUGAAGAACUCUAUGGAAAAGCUAGAAAGGAAAGUUAAGACAGGAAUGAUGGAUGUAGCUAUUCAAUGUUUAACAAAAGUCUUCUCACUAAGAAACUAUCUGGAAGCACAAAAAAAAAUUAUAGUACAUGAUUUUUCAGUGUUUUAGUUUAAAACACUUCUUUUUACUUUGGAAGUAUGGUUAGCCUUCUGUAAGCGCUACCAUCAACAUGCCUAGUCAGUUAAAAGCUAUGUUGGAAUAUCACAUAGGAAACGCAUAGACUACAUAUAUUUUUCAUAUGAGUGACAUAGGAAAAAAUAUGUUUAUGUAAAAGCUAUGUAGCCUUUAUCUCAUGAUAAAGCUAAAUGAAAAUGUCACAUAGUGAAUACAUAGGCUGCAAAUAUGUUUCAUCGCAUAGCAUAGAAUAUACAUAGCACUAUGUUAAAGCUAAGAAACUUGUUGGAAAUAAAAGUGAAGAUCGAAAUGCUAUGUAAAAGCUAUUUUACUUUGAUGCAUAGUGAAUACAUAGGAUGCUAAUCGGAAGGAAAAGCUGAACUUUCUAUUGCAUAGUAAAUACAUAGCUAUUGUGGGGAAGCAGUAAAUACGACAGAGAACUCAAUGUAGUUACAUGUAUAUUUCAGACAACAUUAACACAACAUGGCGGUCAUAAAAGUAACGAGAGCGAGGCAGAAAAAGGUUCUGUUCUUGUGACGUAAGCAUUACAUAAAUGACCGCUGACCAGGUAACGAAUUACAUGAAAGGUAACGAAAUACACGUUCAAAUGUCACGAUUUAACUAUUUCACAUCCUCCGGGGGGGAGGGGGCGCGAAUGUCCUUGGCCCAAUCUGCAAUUCUCCUUAUUGCUCGUCGUGCUGCAUCUCUUUGUGGUCUCCUCACAGGGGUUGGAGUUUCUACUGCGGUUGCUUGAUCCUCUGUGCAACACUGUGCUUCCUUGGCGUGAACUUCUAGAGGGUGUAAUCUUGUUAUGGGACGGUUUGUUGUUCCAUUGGCGGUGCGUAAAUUUGCGGAACGCACAAGUCCAUCGCGACCUCUGUUAAUGGAUGUGACAAGUGCUAGUUUCCAGUUUACUCUAGGGCUAUCAUCAUGGAUUAGAACUACAUCACCAGCCUUCACGGAUUCUGUGUUGAUUCCUGAACCUUUGUGGAACUCUCGGAGGGAGGUAAGGUACUCAUGACGCCAUCGUUGCCAAAAGUGUUGGAUCAGUAAGGUGACACGUUUUGCCCUUCUUAGUAAAUCUGUACUUGUUUGGUAGGUGGGAUCACUCACUUCGUCACUUUCUACUGGUGGAUGUGGUAAUGACGUAAUUCGUCGGCCAUAAAGUAGAUGUGCAGGGGUUAAUGCUUCCUCAUCCUUAAUGUCUGAGGAAACGUAGGUUGGGGACGAUCGUUUAGAAUUGCCUCUACUUCAACAACAAUUGUCUGAAGAGUGCACAGGUUGACUGCAGCUCUGCCGAGUACCUUCUUGAUGGUGGAUUUGGUGAGACCGAUGAGGCGUUCCCAAAACCCGCCGUACCAAGGCGCCUUCUUGGGGAUGAAUAGCCAUUCAAUGCCUUCCCUUGCUAGUGUUUCCUUGAGCGCACGAGAUUGAAACAAUUCCUUUAGUUCAUUGUUCGCUGAUACAAAUGUUGAGGCAUUGUCAGAUAUUAGUUUCCUUGGAAGAGAUUUCCGACUUGCAAAUCUGCGAAAGGCUAGUAAGAAGGCUUCAACGGUCAAGUCUUCGACAACUUCAAGAUGAAUAGCCCUGGUUGUUGCACAAGUAAACAGACAUAUGUAGACCUUUGUUUCGAUUCCAGCAUUUCGAACAUACAGAGCUCCGGUGUAGUCCACCCCAGUGACUUCAAAGGGUUGUGUUUGUUGUAUUCUUGACUUGGGAAGGGGUGGUGGGUCUGGUGUAUUGUAGGCUGUUCCUGAGACCUUUCUGCAGGUUACGCAUUUGUCAAUUAAAGUUUUGACGCGUUGUCGGCCAGAAGGAACCCAAUAAGUUUGACGUAGGGCGGUGAGUGUUGAGUUGACACCUGCAUGAAGCUGUUUGACAUGGGUGGAGUGAAUUACAAGAUCUGUGAAAUGGUCUUUGCUUGGAAGUAGCAGAGGAAACUUGGUGUUGCCACUUAAGGGUGCGUUGUGUAUCCUUCCGCCACAGCGUAGAAGACCACCAUCAUCAAGGAAAAGGCGAAGUUGACGUACCAAAGUUGUACGGUGUCGCGACUUCGAGAGGAGGUUGUUAACUUCAGCAUGAAAGACAACAGAUUGACGAUUCUUCACCCAUUCUGUCAUGGCAUGAUCAUAUUCCAUGGCUGUAAUUGGGCCUUGUUGACUAAGUUUCUUCUGGAGAAGUUUUACAAAUCUGAAAACAUAGGCUGUAACACGUAGAAGCUUUGGUAAACUGCUGAAAUCCGAUGGAUUGAUCAGGCGAUGAAGGCCUUGCUGUUGAACUGGGACUGUGCCGUCUGUGGUAGACCCACCAGGAGAGGUUUCAGUUGCUGAUAAGUGAAGAACCUCUGUCGUAGGCCAUGAAGGCCACUGGGAUCUGUUUGGUAACCAUGUGGGACCAUGUUUCCACAGCAAGGAAAUCUCUAGUUGAUGUGCUGUUAUCCCUCUUGUGAGAAGAUCGGAGGGGUUUUCAGUUGUAGGGCAGUACUUCCAGUUUGAAGUUGAUGUCAGCUUCUUUACUUCUUGGAUGCGAGUGUUGACGAAUGGCUUCAACAACUUGGUGCUUUUGAGCCAGUGGAGAACAAUUUGGCUGUCAGACCACAAUGUGACUCUUGUAACUGGCAGUUGUUCUUGAAGAUAUGAAGCUAAACGUGCGGCUGUUAGAGUUGCCAUAAGUUCCAAUUCUGGAAGGGUGAGUUUCUUCCUUGUCGGAGCAACACGCGACUUCGCCAUAGCUAACGAUGACUGGUUUCCACGUACUAAGUAAGCAGCAGCUCCAUAGGCUUUCUGGCUUGCAUCAGCGAAAACAUGUAGUUCUGUAUCGCUGCUAUCGACAGAGACAUUAGAAGAGAAGUAGCGACGUGGGAACUCAAGUUUGGUUGCAUCUCCAAUCUCCUUUGCUACAGCACGCCAUUUUUGAUCAAGAGAAGGUGGAAGGGGCUCGUCCCAAUCAAUCCCUUCCUUCCACAGUUCUUGUAUUAGAAUCUUAGCCGCAACGGUGACUGGUUGAAGUAAGCCGAGUGGAUCAAAGACUUUUGCUGUUUCUUGUAACACCUCUCUCUUGGUUGACAACGGGGGGUAGAGGUUGCCUGUUUACAUGAGAAUCGUAGCGUGUCUGAAGUUAUGUCCCAUACCAUGCCAAGUACUUUUUUUAGUUGGACUAGUGUCGAGGAUUUGAUUUUUGGCUGCAAUAUGUUGAACACCAGGACUGUUUGAACUCCAUGACCUGAGAUUGAAGCCCACCGGUGACAUUUUGUUCCUGGCAUCUUGGUAAUAGUUGACUGCUGAAUCAUCAUCGUUUGUUCCCGAGGCGAGAUCAUCCACAUACAGAUUCCUUAACAUAUCCAUGCUGACUUGGUCUGUAGACUGUGUGAGGUGCUUAUUGAGAGUGGCAUUUAAGAUGAAAGGGGAACUUGUGGCACCAAACAUGACAGACUUGAAUCGGUAGACAAUGAAUUCACUCUCCGGGUCAUCCGUGUUAGAUAGCCAGUAGAAGCGCGUGGCAUCUCGAUCAGCUUGGUCUAGGUUUACAUGUAAAAUGCCUUUUCAAUGUCUGCAGUUAUAGCAUACUGGUGGAGACGGAAGCGUAGAAGUAUACCAGUAAGAUCAUUGAGAAGUGGAGGACCUGGCUGUAAGCAAUCAUUCAAGCUGGGUUGUUCACCUCGUUUGAAGCUGCAGUCGUACACAAUGCGUAGAGGAGUUGUGGUAGAGUCCUUGAGAACAGCGUGAUGAGGUAUGUAAUGACACACCCGUUGGUUGUUUCUGGAUUGUCCACUCUUUCGAUAAAAUCGCGAGAUUGUUGUUCUUGGAUGAUGUCAUUGUACAUGCGUAAUUUAUUAGGAUCUUCAGCUAGUUUUCUGACCAUGGAGCGGGUUCUCUGCUUAGUGAUUUCUGCAUUUGAUGGUAGAGGGGGAUGUUCUGGUCGCCAGGGUAGCUUUGCACUGUACCGGCCAUCCUCCAACAUGAUAGACGAGUUUUGAUAGUACUUCAGAAAGUCAACCGUUUCUUCUGAUGAGCUUGGCUGAACACCAACUGAUUCAAUCCGCCAGAAACGUUCCAAAUCAAAUUGUUCUUGAUGAUGCUCAGUCACAACAUUUAAAAUAGACGUGUUUAGGUUCUCUGAAUGGUUACUGUUGAGAGGGGGCCCGAAAGGAGGUAUCCUAUCUUUGAUUUGGCUGCUGUGGGACCUGGACCCUUGACAACUUCGUUUUCCACUAUGUCCCAAUAAUGAUCUGCACCGAUUAGAAUAUCAACUGUGAAAGGUGAAUCAUCAACGUUUUGUGCUAAUGACAGUCCCUUUAAGUGUGGUAGUUCCCUUACAUUGGCACCAGUGUAAGUAGUGAGGGGGGCAGCUAUUGUUGGUACAAUGAUCACGCGAAUGGGAAUGUUCUCCUCUUGAGCGGUUUCAACAAAAACGGUGGCAGUGUCAAUGCGUUUAACGGAUGAUGUGUUCCCACCAAAGGUUGACAGGGAUAUGGUCUCUUGCAUUUCUGGUUUCAGAUCAAGUUUGGUCGCUACAUCUGAAGUAAUGAAGGAGCGUUGAGACCCUUCAUCAAAUAAAAUGUGUGCACUGAUGUGGUUGUUGUGACUACCAACAGAAGCAACGGCUGUUUUCAGUAGAACGGGGUGUGUCUGCUAGUAUCACCAAUGUGGUAGGAUGAGACUGAAGGUGCUGUAGUCUUGUCUGUGGUGGGUGUACAUUGAGCCUUGUUUGUAGUUGGCGGUUCAGUGGAUGACACUAGGGAGUUGAUUCUGCAUUUUGGCAAAGACUGGUAUGAUGCUUUCGAUGGCACACCUUACAUCUGUUCCGUGACUUGCAUUUAGAUACUGAAUGACGAUUAAGACAGUUAAAGCAUACCCUUGCAUCACGUACAAUGGAGUAUCUCCUUCCCUUGUCUGUUACAACAUUACAAUCAUUUGAACUGUGUUCGCCCUUACAGAAAAGGCAUGUUCGCUUGGUAGGGCGCCGAUCAGUGGGAGGAGGGAGAACAGGUGUAGGUGGCUUUGAAGUCGUGAGAAAUGCAGCAGUAGCAGCAGUUGUUGAGUUGCUACUGAGUUCAUAAUCGCUAGAACUGUUCUGACCUGCUUCUAAGAUUUCAAUUUCGUUCAAGAUUGCCUUACGUAAGUUGUCAAGCUGCCACUCCUUGUUUCCAUUUUGCCUUGCUAGAUUCCUCUUAAUUCCAUUAGGUAACUUCUUCUGAAUGAUGGGAACAAGAAUAUCUCCAUACGUUUCUGUUUUCUUCCCUAGUGACUCAAGUCCCCUGAUGUGUGUUUCAACUGAGUCAUAGAAAAGCCUCAAACUACUUAAAUGAUCAGUGGGUGAUGGAAGGUUGAGCAGUGCCUCCAUGUGUGCAUUGAUAAUCUUGUGGGGUUGAGCGAAUCUAUCUUUCAAUAACUGGAUGCUCUUAGCGUAAUUGGCACUGGUUAAUGGCAACCCGGCAAUGACUCUUUCAGCUCCGUCGCGUAACUGUGCUCUCAAAUAAUUGAACCUUUGGACAUCACUGAUCGAAGAGUUAUCGUGUACUGCAGACUGAAAGGCGUCCCAAAACGAUUGCCAUUCAAGCGGGUUCCCAUUAAACGAUGGCAGUACAAGUUUAGGUAAACGAUUAGUUUGGAAUGUACUCACCGGCGGUGGUGUAAUCGGAGUAAUCGGUGGUGUAAUUGGGGAUUCUCUGCUGAAGCGGCUGUGUUACUUUGAAAAUCGCUACCUGACGUUCCAGUCGAAGGUGGGGAAUUGGAUUGUUGAUUUUCUUGUUCCGUUUGCGACGUAGAUGGAAUGGGUUGCUGAUUUGUUUGUCCCUUUUGCGGUGAACUUGACGGAGUACUGAUAUUCCCGGGACUGUGAGACAACACGUACUGGUCGAGGUUUCUUUUGGCGAGCUCAAUUAAAUUGUCGGUGAGGCAAACCUUCUCCACGAUAAGGCUGUCUAGUUCCUCUGCAUCGAGUAUUUCUGCUUCGAGUUCCUCAGGAGUUUCCAGUAAAACUGCUAUCUUAUCGUUAAGUUCCUUGAGGGUUUGUCUCUUUUGCUUUAACUGCUCCACGAGAGACUUGAGUAGUACAAUUCCGUUGUCGGCUAUUGUUCCUUCUGCAGUGUCAUCGAUUUUCUGUCUUAGUUUGGUUAAAUGUGCUUUGUGAGCUCUUCUUGACGCUAGCAGUUUCGGUAACUCUUCCAUCCUGGUCUCGGCACCAAAAAUGUGGGGAAGCAGUAAAUACGACAGAGAACUCAAUGUAGUUACAUGUAUAUUUCAGACAACAUUAACACAACAUGGCGGUCAUAAAAGUAACGAGAGCGAGGCAGAAAAAGGUUCUGUUCUUGUGACGUAAGCAUUACAUAAAUGACCGCUGACCAGGUAACGAAUUACAUGAAAGGUAACGAAAUACACGUUCAAAUGUCACGAUUUAACUAUUUCACAGCUAUGUCAAGACUAUGAAAAGAUUUUGAAUAGUAUUUGCAUAGGUAUUCAAAAGCUAUGUGCUUUUCAAAUAGCCUAAACAUAGUUUCAACAUAGAUUUUGCAUACUUUGGACUAUGUUGUUUGGUGUGUUACAUAGUUAAUACAUAGGCAGUAGUGAACAUAACAUAGCUGAAACAUAGUCCAACAUAGUAAACAAAUAGCAUGAGCAUAGGUUUUGCAUAUGUCUGGUUCUACAAGGGAUAUUUGCCCAUUUUUAAUGGAUUUUUACCCUAAAAAGGUCACCUAGAAUUUUCGGGAGCCCUUUUCCUGGCUGAAAUUUUCGAAAAGGUAAGUUUUGAUCCCUAUAAUUUUUGGAUCACUAGACUUUCAGCAAGGAAAUCCGAACAGAUGAAAAAUUUUUAGGGGAUAAAAAUAUGCCUAUAUCUACCGUUUAAAUACUAAAAUACGUUCAACAAUGCUAUGUUUAAGUGGUUUUGAAAUAUAUGCUCGUUGGGUGCCCCUGUAACAAGAAUUAAAUCCAUUUUAGGUGUAUCUGGAGAAGAGGUUCUAUAUGGAACAUCUGAUGGCAAAAUAGGCUUGAUUCAGUUAGGACGGUAAGAGUUUGUAUCAAAAUAACAUUCUGGGAAACUCAUGCCCAGCCACCCCUCCCCUAAGCCAAUAUUUUGCCCUUAGAAAGAAUUUAGUGUUAAUGUUGCAUUGCGGAGGGGUCUGGAGGUAGGCAGUUUCUUAGAAUAUGUGACCCUCCACGGGAUUUCAGGGAAUAAGGUGAACGCACGCACACGGCACGCUCGCACGCUAAAACAAAAGAACUAGCUUUUAACACGUUAGCUGCGUGUUAGUUACUUACCUCAUUAACAUCACAGCCAUUGUCUUCCUUCGCACAGUAGAGACAAAGGAACUUGUUAAGAUCUUGCUUCCAACUUUGCACGGUAUAACACGAUCACCGUGUCAAAUGUAUAGCUCGCUUUUUGAAGUUAAAGUUGCUUUCGAUUUCUACAAGCACUACGUCGUAAGCUGUAAGGCUUUCUAUUAGCUCACCAAUAGGAUUCUAGUUGUCAAUAUCCAGUUUAACAUCGAUCAAUGAAUCAACGAACAGAAUGGAAUGUCUCGACUUGUUGUCCGAUUAUUUAAUCCUGCGUUUGAGUUCUUCCUUUAAUUUUGAAUUCCUCGUUUUUUUAAAACAGCUUGCCAAACACGGGCCGAACGAGAGCAAUGUCCUCUGGUCUUAAAAUCGUAAACUUGUGAAGGUAGCAAGCACAAAUGCAUAUAAUUUUGACAAGCGUAAGCUUUAGUAUGAGAGCGAACGUGUAUGAUGCAAAGCGAAUCCUUCUUCUACUUCCUUUGACAAGUGAGGGAUUAUCCAGCAAGGAACUGUUCAACCGAACGGACUAUCAAUUUCAGCUUUAUUGAAACUGAGAAUUGCAUAUAUGCGCGCGCUACUAUAAAGGUUAUACACCCGAAACGUCUUGUUAUUACAGCCAUUAUGAGACUUUUGAUAUUUGUGACCUUACACGCGAAAACGUACACUAAUGACUUUCCGUUUUCAAACGGCUUUCCGUUUACAAGCGGUUUGUGUUAACCGUUCGAACGCAUUUGUCUUCCGUUCACUAGAAACAACCUGUUCGAAUGGCUUCGUCACCCGUUAGUUAGAAACAUCAAUCCGUUCGAACGACUUACUUACGCGUUUGUUAGAAACAUUAAACCGUUCAAACGACUUGGUCACCCGUUUGUUGAAGACAUCAGGCCUUUGGAACGGCUUGGUCAUCUGUAUUCUGGCAUUCCUUUGAAUUUUCUGUCGAAUGACAUGCAUGGGAGACGAGUUACGCUAUUCAUUAAAAAAAUUCACUUGUUGGAGCGGUCAUUUAACUCAAUGUUUUCAAGAUUUGUUUGACUUCAUUUGCACAAGUUUAUCAGCUUUAAACUCUCAUUUUGCCCUUUUUAAAACAACACGCGUACACAAGCGCCGAUUAUGGAGUGAAUUUUUUUUCCGAUGUAGCAGACUAUGAGCUUUUCAGCGUCCACGAUCCCUUAUCAGACGAAAAAUCUAAUCUUAAGAUAUCCUAUGUAAACAAAAUGUUUCAAAAGAACCCCGAACACUAUUGCUCUCCGCAUGUUUACAUGCAAACGAAAUAUUUUUUUGCCAACGACUUGUUCUACGUAAAAAACACAGAGAAUCAAAGAAGCCCGUGUAAUUCGCGCUCUUCUCAUUCAAAUGGAUAGUGCUGCGUUACCUAUCACUCACGUUUGCUUCAUGCAAAUUUGGUAAGAAUGUAAUCUGAGAAUUGCAACUAGAAAUAGAAUCACUGUAUUGUGAGAAUCCUGAGGGAAAGAGCCGUGAUUUGCGGUAAUGUUUUCUUUUUUUUUAUUAAAACUUUCGAAUAGGACGGUAGAUUUUCUUCAUUUUCGCUUAUAUUCUGUGAGUAAUAUACUUGAACAAAACCAUUCUCAAAGAAGAAGCUGACAAACAGAAGUAACGAUGUAAGCUGAGUUGUACAAGUUAAGAUAUAUAUAAUAGUGUGUUAAGAAUUCUACCGUGUUAAGGAAACAAAGGAACAUAGCGUGUUAUAAAAACAAAGCUCUACCGUGUUACCCAGAUAUGAACAAUGGUUACGAACACGCUUCCCAGUAUCAAUUGUUUUUAUGCGCAUAUCCACACGGUGAGCGUGUCAUGCCAUUAGCGUGCGAGCGUGUUAUAACGUGCCGUGUGCGUGCGUUCACCUUAUUCCCUGAAAUCCCGUGGAGGGUCACAUAUUAUCUUAAGGUUACUGGAUACCCUCAGGGGUGUCUCGCCACGAAAUGUGAAGUGUGUUCCAGUAAAACUUCAGAUACCUAAACCCUACAUCAAAUUAAAGCUUAUUAAACUGGCUUUCUUAAUAAACCAACAGUUUUUUCAAAAAUUGUACUGUCAGCUUUUUAGGAUUUUCUAUCCAAGUCUUGCUUGCUUAAAUUCCCUGCCCAAUUUUGCCCACCAAAGCUUUGUGUGUUGUGUUACUUGAAUCUUUGUCUGGCCACCACAAGAUUAAAUGGAACACCAAAAAAAAAUUAAUGUUGUUUGUUUGUCUCUCAUUUGCAGGCAUUCACCUAAUCACAAGUGGGAAAUUCCAAAUGACAAACGAAGUGGAGGUAGGUAGUGUUUUGUUGGCAUUCCUAUUACAGGUACACUGUAUAUUUUGUUUUUUAAAUUGAAUAUUAAAGAUCAUUAAUUUUUAGCAAACUGGUAUAGACCCGUGAGGUACAUAUUAUAUUAUGUAUACUCUUGGGCAACACAAAGAGAUUAUUUUAUUCUGCAUUUAUUUCACAGGUGUGCUGGCUUUAGAGACAUUUGAUAUAACUGCUGAUGGUGUGCCUGAUGUGCUUGUUGGACGUGAUGAUGGCUUAGUUGAAGUUUAUGGCUUUGAUGAAAUGGAUGAGCCAGUCCAUAGAUUUAAACAGGUAUCGCAAGUCAAGUCAUUGAAAAGACUUCAUUGUCCCUCCCCAAGACAAUCAUUGGAUCAGCCCUUAAAGUCCUAGUUCUGGCCCCUCUCUCUCUGUCAUGCAACCCUGGGAGAGGGAGGCAUUACAUGACUGAGAGGGAGAGGGGGAGAGAGAGAGGGGGGGGGAGGGCAGGGGGCAGAACUGGACUAGAUCAACCUCUGUGCCUCACGUAGGUGAUGAUCCAGGUUUUGUGAAUGGCCAGUCAUGGAUGUGAUUUUUGUUCCUCAAUCUGGGGUGCUAAAGGUGAAAAAAGGAGGCACCUAAAUUUACUUAAUCAAGGAAAUAAAAAACAUGGGAUUUCUUUGAAAUCAUUGUAAUGUAGCAUACAAACUAACUGAACUGAUUUGACUUCAGGCCAUGAGUGAAAGCAUUACUUCUAUUUGUGGUGGAUGUGUGAGUUCAUCUGGUUAUGAUGAGGUUAUAGCUGCCACAUAUGCUGGGUGGGUGUUAGGUCUGACAACAGAACCACAGCAGAAAGAGGCAGGGCCCACCACUGCAGCCCAGGAACCAAUCAGUGAAGAAGUGCAGGCCAGAAUUGACAACCUGAGGUUAGUUUAACAUACAAGCCAAAAUGCAGUCAAACCUCUUGUAAACGGCACUUCUACUAUGGACACCUCUUUGUUGUAGAUAGUUCUUAUGACCCCAACGAUAUCAGUAGCCACAUACACAUUUUCUUGUCUCCAUGAUGUCAAGACCUCUGGAUGGUGGGUGCGUCCCUUUGGCCUUCAUAUUAUAAGAUGUUUAGAUAGUUUUCAAAGUUUUCACUUGGGUGUUAUGUCCAUCUGGGGCUAAAAAGCUGAGGUGUGCUCUCCUUGUGGCAUAUUGCAUCACACUAAACUAAAAGAAUUCAUCACUGUCUCAAAUGAUUUACAGUGAGUUAUGUGAAGUUGUCACUGUUAUGAAAUAUUAUAAAAGGGGGCUGGGUAGGGGAAGGGGCAAAGAAGGAGUUAUUACAGUUACUCCUGUCAUUCUGAUUUAUUUUACAGCACUACGCAGAAUAAUAUACAUGUGAGUUCAAUAAUUGUAUACCCAAAAGUAGCAAAAUAAAUAUUAUUAGGAGGCUACAGUAUGUAGGUUUCUCUGAUAUGUAAAUUAAUUUACAUUUUAGUAAUUAAUUUUAAAAUACAACGUAUAAGAAGCACACUGGACUUAAGAAUAGGAAAUGUAUUUCAAUAAGCAAUGCCAUAACUGAGAGGAAGAUGAUUUAUUUUCAGACUGGAAAUAGAGACCCUUCAGCAGAAGGUGUUGAAAGAACGAGAAAAAUACCAGUUUACGGCACAUUCAGCCAAUGCCUUGUCAGCAAUUCCUCAGUUUGCAAUCAAUGACAAAUUUGCCUUGAAUAGAGAUGAUGCAAGUUACACACUGAGUAUUGAAGUGCAGGUUCCAAUUGAUAAUGUCUUAUUGCAGGUUUGUGGGUGAAUAAUUUGUUUCUUAUAUUACAUGUAUAUAAAGCUGUAGAAUGCUGAUUAUUAUAAUUUAAUAAUCAUAUCAGGGGACCACAAUUUUCUGGGUACCACUUUGCAUAGUCCCUGUAUAUUUGCAUCUUCUGAGAUCUUCUUGGUCAAUGCAUUUUGGCAAUGUAACUGUGGCAUUAAGUGGGAGAUUUGUUCAUUGACCCAAAUUUCAUAGGCCACAAGAAAUAGUUAAGACUGAGGAACCAGGCAAGGUACAAUUUAUAUUAUUCACUAGGUACUGGGAAAAUAUAAUGAUCUGAUUUUGAAAUUUUUUAAGUAUCUGUGACGAGUCUCUAAAUAGUGUUGUUUUUGUAGGUUUCUCUCGUCUCUGAGUUGUAAAUGUUUGCUGCAAAGUCUUGUACUUUUAAACUAGGGUCUCUGCAUCUAGGCCAGUCUUGUCCUUUAUCAUUCACCAACCACAAUCACAUGUUUAUUACACAAUAAUUAUUGUACCUUCGCUUUAAUAUGUAAAUUUAAAAAAUGGCUUAAAUUCUAGGGAGAAAUUAGCUAUUGAUCAAAGUGUUUUUUGUUCUAUCAAUAGAGUGAUGUUCCCAUUGAUCUUUUGGAUGUUGAUAAAAACUCAGCAGUGGUCAGCUACAGUGCUUGUGAUAUUGAGGUUUGUGCUAUUAUUCUCCAAACACUUUUCUAUUGUUGAUGUAGAAUGAAUGGUUUCGCCCUUUCUUUAAUGUGUUGAAGGUCUAGAUUUAUGUAAUUUGUUUCUGUUUAUACAUGUACAUUUUGUUUCAGAAUGGUAACUUUCUCUUAGCAACUUACCGAUGUCAGGCAAAUACUACAAGAUUGGAAUUAAAGGUAGUUAGGAAAUUAAUUAUUUUGAUGAUAGAAUAAGGUGGCCUUUAAUAUUACAAUGUAUUAUCUUUCCAUGUUAGUGUUUUGGGAAAUUGGCCAUAGCUCCAUCUAGUGAAAUUACUCUAGGAUUCUGGUCCUAUUGUAGAAUACAUGUAUUUACUUUUAGACUGCAUGCUAUGGCAAGAUUAUCUGUCAUUCUAAGAACCUUUAGAGCUGAGGAUAAAGUCAUAAAAUGAGGUUUUAUUUCAAUAGUAGCAUCAUCAUUGUAUGAUACUACUACAGAAAUAAAACCUUUGUGUUAGAAAGUUUGAAUAGUACCGUUUAUUGGGUAGAAUUUUGCAAGAAAAAAUUAAAUUUCUUUAACGUUGAUAAUUUUUUCUUUGGCACCUAUUAUGGGCAAAAAGGUUUGCAUUGGCCUGGAACCCAAUACAUUCAGUCUUCAAGAGUAUGGUGGAUCUCUCUUUGCGCUGUCCUCGAAACGACUAUAAUGGACAGUUCCGUUAUGUGUAUUAUACUUUUUAUUCAGAUCAGGUCAAUUGAAGGGCAGUAUGGCACUUUGCAAGCAUAUAUUACACCAAGGAUCCAACCCAAAAGCUGUCAAGUUCGUCAGUACAGCAUCAAACCUCUGUCAUUACACCAAAGAACACAUGUGUUUGAUGAUUCAAAGUAAGACAUCAGAAAAGUGUCAGAAAGUCUCUUUAUUAUUUAGAGUCAAGGAAAUUCUCUUAUUAUUUGUCUGAUCCAACAAUCAUCUUUUCGAAGUUCACAAUUGGUAUUACAUUUCAGAUUUUAGUUAGUAUGUUUGUUUGAGCUUUUUUUUUAUAUGCGAUGAAGAAAGAUGCCAGUCAUUCCAGUAAUAAAUUAUGUGUCAGGAAGUAGAAGGCUGGACACAAAAAAGUAGCUAUCAGUUUUCCCUGUUGUAAUAUGUUUGGGCCUUGCUUUUGCACAGGAUUGUAGUAAGGGAGUAUUUAGAAGCACCCACUUGUUUUUUAAGUAAAAUUAUUACAAGCAGUAGGACAAAGGGUACUAGAAAGAAUAAAAGGAUACCUGUUUCAAGCUGGUAAUUGAAAUAGUCAUCAUCUGACUAUUACCUGAGGCCCCGUGGCAGUAUGUUCAUUUUACUCCCUCUCUCCAUCGGUGCUCUGUUUUACGGGUAUUUAAAGGUACACUGUACUUAAAGCUACACUGAAACGAAAGAAGUCAAAACAAGGAUUUGAGAUCACACCUGGGAAUCGAAAAUGGAACCUUUCACACAGAAAGACAUGCAGUGCCAACCCUUUAUCGUAGCUCCGACUUAUUUUUGAGUGCUCAAAUAAACUAACAAUAGUUAAGAAAUAUAUAUUGACUGUUAAUAUUUUUACUUAUCAGGCCAAUGAACAUGCUGAAGUUAAUGGGUCAUUUCAGUCUCGCUGAAGUUCAUUCAUGGGUUUGCUUCUGCCUUCCCGAGGUUCCUGACAGGUUUGUUUGUGAUUAAUAAAUGUACUUUUAAUUAAUACUAUUAGAAUUUGACCUGGUUAGCUCAAUACCAGACUGAGGAGUGGAAGGUAGCCCUGGGUUUAACUACCAGCUAGAUGAACACUCACAAUAUUUUAAAAUAACUUUAAAAGUGCUUCUUUGUUCUGAUUUCCAAACCUCCGAAAUGGCUAGAAUUCCUUAUUACCAACUGCUGUUGUUUUUGUAGAACUCCAGCGGGAGAGCAAGUCAGUUUUCAUUUUCUGUCGACAUUCCUUGACACUCAGUUGGACUGCCAAUACAAGUAAGUACAGUAUUGUUAAGUACUUUUCAUGAUGCAACUGAGACAAAUAAAUAGAAACUUGCAUAUCACACAGUGAAGAAAUGGAACAAUCUCCCAAGUGUCUUUGAGCGCUUAAGCUCUUCUAGAAGAUUUUGACACUUGAUUUUACUGAUUUUAUUAUUAUAAUAAUUUUGUUAGAAAUAAUAUAACAACAACAACAACAACAAUGCUGACAAGAAUAAAUAAUUUUUAUAUGAUUCUGUGAUUAUUUAUAGGAAAGGAGAAGCCAUCUUUAAAUCAGACAAUAUUUCAACAAUAUCUAUUCUCAAGGACGUUCUUAGCAAAGAAGCAACAAAGAGAAAGAUUAACCUUAACAUAUCUUAUGGUUUGUCCACUUACUGUAUAUUAAAACAACUUUUAUUUAACAAUUAAUUCUUAAACUUCUGUGAUGUUGUUAUUUUCGUAUUGAUAGAAUGUAGUUGUUUGAAACAUGGUUAAAAGAAAGUGUGAAUGUUAUUUUUAAAGUGUCCACAUACUCAGGGAGAGUGCCACUGAAAGUGGAAAUUUUAAGUGAGACAACUGCGUCUAUAACACUCCUAUUCUGACCAUGUGGGCUUUUGUAUGUACAACCCGAUUAAAGUUGUGGAUUUGAGGGCUUUUCUGCUUCUGCUAAUUUUUCUUGUUAUUUUGUAGAUCUUAAUGAAGAUUCUGUUGUCCACACACUUAACCUAAUACAUCCCAAACUGGAAUAUCAGCUACUGUUGGCCAAGAAGGUCCAGCUAAUAGAGGGUCUUAAGGUUGGUGUUUGCAUGUAGCUGUGUGGUAAUUUUGAAAUAAUGUGUUGAGGGGUGUCUGGCCGAGCAGUUAACACCUCAAACUCCAAAACUGGAGGUCCAGGGUUCAAGCAGCCUCGCCCGUUGCAUUGUUUCCCUAGACAAGGAACUUUACUCCACUUUGUCUCUCUUCACCCAGGUGUUUAAAUGGGUACCAGCUAAAUACUGCUAACCCUGUGAUGGACUAGCAUCCCGUCCAGGGGGAGUAGCAAUACUCCUAGGCAUGCUUCAAGUUAAAGGAAACCAGGAUAAGCUCUGGUCAUUAUUUUGCUCCCUUGGCUUGUGUGUGCCUUUACCUUUUACCUUGUCAAAGGGUAUCCAAGUCCUGUGGAAAAGGUAAUGUCAUAUAUGGGCGAUAUAGGUAUGUCUGCCGUGAAGCAUGUGGUUUUAGAGCAGUUUCAUCUGGAAGAGGGCUCAAAAUUUCAGUUUCUUGGGGCAAAAGUAUUGUUAAAGCCAAAUAAAAAACAGCAUGAUUGUAUAGUCAUUUGUAUCCUUUUUAGGAACUACAGAUGCAUGAAAGUGACAUUGGAUUUUUUGCUCCAGAAUAUCAACAGAUUCUGGGUAAGAAUGUGUGAUUUAUGAUCAAAAUUUUGCCAAAAACUGAUUAUAGGAUUACUUAAAGCUGGUUUUGCUAAUGACAGAGUGAAGAGUCAUAAUAAGAAGUACAGUGCUCAAUAAUGAUCUUAUAAAAAUCAAAUCUUAACGAUUUUACAUCACCUAUGACUGUGUCACUUUAAAACUGAGCCUCUCUGUAGGUAACUGCGGAUGUUGUUUACACAGUGUGUUUUCCAUCAAAUCAUGGGGUUUUCCAAUCCUUGCAUAUCUAGAACAUUUUUUUUACUUGGUAAUGCUACUAACGAGAUUGAGGGAUUACAGUCCUGAGGACAGAAAUGGGAAAAUAAACAAUAAUAAAAAUAGUAAUGGGUUUAAUAAUCAAAAUGACUCUUAAUAAUGUGCAUUACGCUUUUUGGUAGAUUCACGUGACAGAUGCAUUGUCAACCUUGAUCAGAAAGGCAAUAUGAUCAUUGGUUAAAUAUCUAAAAUCCUUAUUUCUUCAAUUAAUCAAUCGUCUUGACUUCAAUUUCAUCGGAAAUACCUGUAGAAAGUCUCAAAACUAGAAUGAUUGUUGGAAUCACAAGAAAUGAGUCGGUGUAGAACUGUAUGAAUAAUUCACUCACAGUAUGUGGGAAUGAGCAUUGUGAUUGGCUUCCGCUUUUGCUGGUAUAGUGACUCUUAUGAUUUGAUUUUCACUAACUCAAGCAACAGAGUUAUAGUGAAGUCAGAAGAAACUGUAAAUGAUUUGGCUGUUACUACAAUGCGACAAUUACAAACUUAUGUCUAAGUCAUAUGUUUUUUUAAAAUUUGUAUAAUAUAAAUUUUAAAAAAACAUAUGACUUAGACAUAAGUUUAAAUUGUAUUAAGCAUUUUUACACUCUGCCACUAGUAAAAACCAUCCUUAGUUAAUAAGGGAUGAUUAUCAUGCCUUAUCAUUACUGUCUGUGUUGUUUACUCUAUUCCCUUUUUUCUUACACUGAUAACUAAGCUUCUUCAAUCUUUAAUUAUCACUAUUUUAUGUAGAUGAUGCAGAAAAUCUUCAGGCUGAAUACAAGAAACAGCCCUGCCACUUGGAAAGACUUUAUGGUAUCCUUGACAUCUAUUAGUGAUCAUAUUAUGUUUCCAGUCAUGAGUGUUGGGCAGUUGUCGAUGACAUCUUUUUGGAUCCUUAGAGUUUUCACCAAGCCAUAUUUUAUCCAAGGUUGUGAUGUUACAAUAUUAGACUGAUUUAGCAACAGAACGGGAGCAUCAGGUUACAACUGCUCACGCAAAUCAAACAACUGGCUUGACCAAUGGCAGAGCAGCAAAUUAGGCACCGGAAGUCGAGUUUGGUCCUUUGCACGCCCUUUCCUGUUGUCAAAAGAAGUUCCUGUUCUGUUGUUAAAUCAGCCUAUUAAUUCCUCCCUGGGGCCAUCUUUGGGAUGUAAUUUCAAAUACUGGUAAUAGUUAACUCCUUUCAUCACUUUUUUUCUUAACAAAAUGCCAGGCAUGAUAACUGAUCUGUACAUUGACAAGUUCAAAUUUAAGGUAAGAUAUUAAUGGAAAAAGUAAUCCUUCUUAAAUUCAACUUUCUGAUCCCAAGCUUAAGAUAUAUUAGACAUAUAUUUUUUUACAUGCGCAAUCAGGACACGUAUUACUUCCUAUCUAAUAUUUGAUCAUUUCUGUUCUCUUCUAUCGUAGUAUUUGCUCAACGUGACAUUGAUACUGUAAAGUUAAACAAUAUUUUUUAGACAUUCCUAACUUGUGCUGAGAUUUUUCUUUUUUCCUAGGGGAUGAAUGUGAAAAGUAAGGUUCCAAUCCUUCUUGAAGUGCUGGACAACUAUGAUUUACAAAAUCUUGUGGAAUUUUUCGAUGCAGCCUAG